UUGACACACACACCCAAGCCCCAGUCCAAUCAAGUAGGAGGAGCUGAAGCUAGGCCUGUUCCUGGGCUUAGGUUAAGUCUAAAGCACAUUUCCAUUUUGGCUCAGUAUAUACAGAACAGUUUUCUGUGCUGAGUGCAAGUGGUCAGAAUUGGCACUUGCUCGUUCUAGUGAGUAAGUUCUAGUCUAGGUCUAGUCUCAGAACAAGGCCUCCCUGCUUUUUGCAAGUCUGGCAGGAAUUCACACAGGAAUCCGUUUGAGGGCUGGUAGCAGUAGAGCACCUGAGAGCUAUAUGCAAUGUGGUUUUCAGCUCUUCCCUUGCACUUUGAACUGUGCCUCAGUGGGGAUAUUGAGGUCCAGCUGCCUCCAAAGAUAGGUGAAAGGAAUGACUGCUAAGAAGUUGUUUUCCAAAGCGCUGGUCUUAGCUCACUUCUUGUGUGGCCUCUUAAGUUUACUUUGCAUCCACGGGGUCUGCCUUCCACCCUGCACUGGAGACCACUGCUUUUUCCUCCAAGUUCCUCUUACAUUUGUCUCCUGCCAAUUGCUUUCUGCUUAUGGGAGGAGGGAAGAGCUGGGUGCAUUCUUCGUCGUCCUACAGUGGAUCCAUCAACUGUCUGUGGAGAACAUAAACCCUGGUGGCCUUUGGGGACCCUUGCCCAUUCUUCACCUCACCUCCUGGAUGUCGCCUGAACACUAGCCAGCAAGAUGUCGGCAUGGCAAGAAGUGACUAUCAUGGCAUCACCUGCUCUUUAAUCUUGGCUCCGCAGCCCUACCUUUCUAAGCCUCCUGUCCGCCCAGACACCUACAACAGAGUUGGACCCAGUGGCACCAAGAUGCCUGUCUGUAGUUGCAAAUGCAUUCUACUUUCUGUACCUGGGCCUGCAGCUAUAGUCUUUGUUUUCAGAGUCUUGCCAGGUCGGUGCCUUGAAGAAUCUGAACGCAAAGAUGCCUGUGAUGCGGGUCGUGGACAGGGUCUAGGGAUCCUUGUGUGUCCACCUUCACGGAUGUCACCCCUGGUCCCAGUCAGAAAACGCCACUGAGGGGAACAGGAUGUCUUCAACCUAGUUGGAAGGUUUGAGUGGGCUACAGUAACAGUUAAAGACCGGCGGCCAUUCCUGGUCCAGUGGACCCAACCCCGAGUUCGCAAAAGGUACACGGAUCCGGCGUAGCCGGCCCGGGAGCACAAAGCCUAAAUCCAGCCGGGCCCGCCUAGCUCCGGAGCGAAUCCGCGCCCAACACGGUAGCCGGGCACCUCGCCCCGCCAGCCACGCGGCGGCGCCAGAGCUCGCUGUCAGGCCGGCUCCUCCGGCUGCCGGGCUGUCACGUGACGCAGGACCGCGGUGCCCAAUGAGCGGCGCCGGGCGAAAGUCUCGCCCCGCCCACCUCGGUCACGUGGUGCGUCCGGCGCAGCUUGAUAACGCAGCUCCCGGCCCCUCGGCGCAGCUCCCGCCCCGCCCCGCCGCCGCCGCCGCGCCGAGUCCUUUUGUCCAAGAUGGCGGCGCCGGGGGCGCUGCCUCCUGGGCCGCCGCCGCCGCCGCUGUGAGGAGCCUGCGGGCCGCCCGCCCGCCGCGCCGGCGCCAUGAAGCGGCAGAACGAGCGAGACUCCAGCCCGAGCGGGCGUGGCUCGUCGUCGUCCGCCAAGCGGCCGCGGGAGCGCGAACGGGAGGCAGAGGCGGGCGGGCGGCGAGCAGCGCACAAGGCCUCCGGCGGCACCAAGCACCCGGUGCCAGCGCGGGCUCGUGACAAGCCCCGCGGCAGCAGCAGCGGCGGCGGCGGCGGCGGCGGGCAUCGCGACGGUCGCGCUGCCGGCGAUGCGAACCACCGAGCGGGCAGCGGGCGCUCCUCGGGCGCGCCCGGAGGCGGAGGACGGACCGGCAAGGCCUCGGGGGACCCGGGCGCCGGCGGCGCGUCGCCCCGCGCCUCUCCGCUCCCGCCGCCCCCGCCGCCCCCCGGCGCGGAACCUGCGGGUCCCGGCUCCACGGCUGCUCCGGAGUACAAGACGCUCCUCAUCAGCAGCCUGAGCCCCGCGCUGCCGGCCGAGCACCUGGAGGACCGGCUCUUCCACCAGUUCAAGCGUUUCGGUGAGAUCAGCCUGCGCCUGUCGCACACCCCGGAGCUGGGCCGCGUGGCCUACGUGAACUUCCGGCACCCGCAGGACGCGCGCGAGGCCCGCCAGCACGCCCUGGCGCGGCAGCUGCUGCUCUACGACCGGCCGCUCAAGGUGGAGCCGGUGUACCUGCGCGGCGGCGGGAGCAGCCGGCGCAGCAGCAGCAGCAGCGCCGCCGCCUCCACGCCGCCCCCGGGGCCCCCCGCGCCCGCCGACCCCCUGGGCUACCUGCCGCUGCACGGCGGCUACCAGUACAAGCAGCGCUCGCUGUCCCCGGUAGCCGCCCCGCCCCUGCGGGAGCCCCGCGCGCGCCACGCCGCCGCCGCCUUCGCCCUGGACGCCGCCGCCGCCGCCGUGGGGCUGUCUCGGGAGCGGGCCCUGGACUACUACGGGCUGUACGACGACCGCGGGCGCCCCUACGGCUACCCGGCCGUGUGCGAGGAGGACCUGAUGCCGGAGGAUGACCAGAGGGCCACCCGGAACCUCUUCAUCGGGAACCUGGACCACAGCGUGUCCGAGGUGGAGCUGCGAAGGGCCUUCGAGAAGUACGGCAUCAUCGAGGAGGUGGUCAUCAAGAGGCCCGCCCGCGGCCAGGGGGGUGCCUAUGCCUUCCUCAAGUUUCAGAACCUGGACAUGGCACACAGGGCAAAGGUGGCAAUGUCCGGCCGGGUGAUCGGCAGAAACCCCAUAAAGAUAGGCUACGGCAAAGCCAAUCCCACCACCCGCCUCUGGGUGGGUGGUCUUGGACCCAACACCUCGCUGGCAGCCCUGGCCAGAGAAUUUGAUCGCUUCGGGAGCAUUCGGACCAUCGAUCACGUCAAAGGAGACAGCUUUGCCUACAUCCAGUACGAGAGCCUGGACGCCGCCCAAGCUGCCUGUGCUAAAAUGAGGGGCUUUCCCCUGGGCGGCCCCGACCGCCGGCUCCGGGUGGAUUUUGCCAAGGCAGAGGAGACCCGAUACCCCCAGCAGUACCAGCCCUCCCCUCUCCCUGUGCACUACGAGCUGCUCACUGACGGAUACACCCGGCAUCGGAACCUGGAUGCCGACCUGAGGGUGCGGGAUAGGACCCCUCCACACCUUCUGUAUUCAGACCGAGACCGGACCUUUUUGGAAGGGGACUGGACCAGCCUCAGUAAAAGUUCGGACCGCAGAAACAGCCUGGAGGGCUAUACCCGCUCAGUGCGCAGCCGGAGUGGUGAGCGCUGGGGCGGGGAUGGGGACCGGAGCAUAGCCAAGCCCUGGGAAGAGAGACGCAAGCGGAGGAGCCUUUCCAGUGACCGCGGGAGGACAACUCAUUCCCCUUAUGAGGAACGGAGCAGGACCAAGGGUGGGGGACAGCAGCCGGAGCGAGUGUCAGACCGCACCCCUGAGCGUAGCCGAAAGGAGAACCACUCCAGUGAAGGGACCAAGGAGUCAGGCAGCAACUCCCUCAGCAACAGCAGACAUGGUGCGGAGGAGAGGAGCCACCAUCACCACCACCAUGAGGCUCCAGACUCUUCGCAUGGGAAAAAGACUAGGGAGAGUGAACGCAAUCAUCGGACCACGGAGGCAGAGCCCAAGACUCUUGAAGAGCCAAAACACGAGACCAAAAAGCUAAAGACUCUUUCGGAGUAUGCUCAGACACUGCAGCUUGGUUGGAAUGGGCUUCUAGUGUUGAAAAACAGCUGCUUUCCAACAUCUAUGCACAUCCUGGAGGGCGACCAGGGAGUUAUCAGUGGUCUCCUCAAGGACCACAUCUCUGGCAGCAAGCUGACCCAGCUGAAGAUUGCCCAGCGCCUUCGACUGGACCAGCCCAAGCUGGAUGAGGUUACCCGCCGCAUCAAGCAGGGGAGCCCCAACGGCUAUGCAGUGCUCCUAGCCAUCCAGUCACCUCCCAGUGGGCCUGGCACUGAGGCGGUGCCCGCGGUGGAGCCAGGCCUACAGAGGCGGCUUCUCAGGAACCUGGUCUCCUACUUGAAACAGAAGCAGGCUGCAGGGGUGAUCAGCCUGCCCGUGGGCGGGUCUAAGGGCAGGGACAGCACUGGCAUGCUCUAUGCCUUCCCACCCUGCGACUUCUCACAGCAGUACCUCCAGUCAGCACUGAGGACAUUGGGCAAGCUAGAGGAAGAACACAUGGUGAUAGUGAUAGUGAGGGACACUGCCUAGCCCAGUUUUCUCCAGCUGUGUGUGUCACAAAAACGGUUAUUUUAAAACCUCCCUUCUCCACCUACCUGACUCCCUUGGUUGGAAUUCUCUGCUGGGUUGUUGUGGCUCAUCUGGUGGCGCCCUGUCCACGGCAAAAACUAAGUUCUUAGAUUGGGGGGAUUGGGUUUUUUGUUUUUUGGGUUUUUUUAUAAGAAAUUCCUGUUACGUUUCCUGUGUAUGAGAUACUGUCUGCUGUAUUCUGUAUUUUUUUAUAUUUUAUUUUAUUUUUUGACUAACUGUAUGGAAAAUUGUCAGUAAAGCCUUUGUCAGAGGAUGAAUUUUUAAUUCCA